AUGGCGUCCCUAUCGAUGGCCCCCGUCAACAUCUUCAAACAUGGAGCGGACGAAGAGAAAGCAGAAACUGCUCGACUGUCGUCCUUUGUUGGAGCCAUCGCCAUCGGAGACCUGGUGAAGAGCACUCUGGGGCCAAAGGGGAUGGAUAAGAUCCUGCUGAGUGGGGGGAAAGGCAGCACACUGAUGGUGACCAACGAUGGAGCCACCAUCCUAAAAGCCAUCGGAGUCGACAACCCAGCAGCCAAAGUUUUAGUCGACAUGUCGAAGGUCCAGGACGACGAGGUGGGAGACGGGACCACCUCCGUCACCGUGCUGGCCGCCGAGCUUCUGCGGGAGGCGGAGCUUCUCAUCGCCAAGAAGAUUCACCCACAGACCAUCAUCUCCGGCUGGAGGAAAGCCACUCAGCUGGCCAGAGAGGCUCUGAGGGACGCGGCGGUCGACCACAGCAACGACCCGGCCCGUUUCCAGGAGGACCUGCUGAACAUCGCCCGCACCACGCUGUCCUCCAAGCUCCUGACCCACCACAAAGACCACUUCGCCAAGCUGGCUGUGAACGCCGUCAUGAGGCUGAAGGGCUCCGGGAACCUGGAGGCCAUCCACGUCAUCAAGAAGCUGGGGGGCAGCCUCACCGACUCCUACCUGGACGAAGGUUUCUUGUUGGACAAGAAGAUCGGAGUGAACCAACCAAAGAGGCUGGAGAACGUCAAGAUCCUGAUCGCCAACACUGGCAUGGACACUGACAAGAUCAAGAUUUUUGGCUCCAGGGUUCGUGUGGACUCCACAGCGAAGGUGGCUGAGAUCGAGCUGGCAGAGAAAGAGAAGAUGAAGGAGAAGGUCGACCGGAUCCUGAAACACGGCAUCACCUGCUUCAUCAACAGACAGCUGAUCUACAACUACCCGGAGCAGCUGUUUGCUCAGGCGGGCGUCAUGGCGAUCGAGCACGCAGACUUCGCCGGCGUGGAGCGCCUGGCUCUGGUCACUGGUGGGGAGAUAACCUCCACCUUCGACCACCCCGAGAUGGUGAAGCUGGGCCACUGCAAGCUGAUCGAGGAGGUGAUGAUCGGGGAGGACAUGCUGAUCCACUUCUCUGGAGUUGACAUGGGCGAGGCGUGCACCGUGGUCCUGCGUGGAGCGACCCAGCAGAUCCUGGACGAGGCGGAGCGCUCUCUGCACGACGCGCUGUGCGUGUUAGCACAGACGGUGAAGGAGCCGCGCACCGUCUACGGAGGAGGCUGCUCCGAGAUGCUGAUGGCCAAGGUGGUGACUGACCUGGCCAACCGGACGCCAGGAAAGGAGGCGGUUGCCAUGGAGUCCUUCGCCAAGGCCCUGAUGAUGCUGCCCACCAUCAUCGCCGACAACGCGGGCUACGACAGCGCAGACCUGGUGUCCCAGCUGAGGGCGGCCCACCAGGAGAACCGCUCCACCAGCGGCCUCAACAUGCUGGAGGGCUCUCUGGGAGACAUGGCGGAGCUGGGCGUCACCGAGUCCUUCAUGGUGAAGCGCCAGAUGCUGCUGAGCGCCUCCGAGGCCGCCGAGAUGAUCCUGAGGGUGGACAACAUCAUCAAAGCCGCGCCCAGGAAGAGGGUCCCGGACCACCACCCCUGCUAGAGGACUGUCCUUAUUUAUCACCUCUGGAGCUGCGACUAGCAAACGCUCCGCUGUAGUUCUUUUGUUUGUUUCCACUCUGUGGAGGCUGUGUGGCGUCAUGAAACCGGUCAACAACGUUUAGAGAGGAAGUCUGGACGGCGUUUGUUUUGUUUACUGAAAUAAAUUAACCAAUCCUCACCA